GGAUUGGACUCUGCAAGGGAAGGGUGUGUGUGUGUGUGAAUGCGUGUAUAAAUGCACAUCUAACAAGUAUAAAACAGAGAAACUUAAGCAAGGCUUUAAGACAUCACAACUGAUUGUGAGAGUUGACCAUGUCUCAACAGAGUGAGGAUCAGGAAGUUAAGAGGCCUGAGGUGAAAGCGGAGGAUUUGAUUGGAGCCAGGGAUAAACUAGCAUUUGGAACAGAGGUGAAGAGCAAGACCUUCGAGGUGAUGCAGGAAUGCGAACAAGCUGGGAAGGUCGCGCCGUCCGUCUUCAGCACAGUUCGCUCAGGAUCUGAGACUGCCUUUAACAAACCCAGCAAAAGAAAGUAACCCUGUGGGACCAUACACUCAUUUUAUGUAUGCAUUUCUAAAUGAAUCUAAAGCAUUAACAUUGAAAUAACAGUUCAUUUUAAACAGGCAUUUAACUAACAUGUCACUUGUGUCACAACAAUAUAAGUAGUUUUGAGACUGAAUGCAAAGUCUGAUCUUAAGAACACCAUAAAAUGUUGUAUUCCAGGUAAAAAAGGGCUUUAAAUAAAUAAAACUGAACUGUACUUUUUGACAAUUAAUCUAUUUAGGUCAAAAAAAAAAA